AUGGCAUCCAAAAUGAAGGAACGAAAGAGAACUCCCAUCUCGCACAAAGUGAUCGAGAAAAGAAGACGAGAUCGCAUCAAUCGCUGCCUAAACGAACUGGGCAAAACUGUACCCAUGGCACUGGCCAAACAGAAUUCAGGCAAACUGGAAAAAGCAGAAAUCUUGGAGAUGACAGUUCAGUAUCUGAGGGCGCUCCACUCCGCGGAUUUCCCCCGAGGGAGAGAAAAGGGAGAAUUGCUGGCCGAGUUCGCCAACUACUUCCACUACGGCUACCACGAGUGUAUGAAGAACUUGGUCCACUAUCUGACCACGGAAGACCGGGCCGAGACCAAAGACAUCAAGUACGCACGGAUCCUCGCCUUCCUGCAGUCCAAAUCCCGCGCCGUCACGGAGCCGGUCUUCGGCUCUGUGGGCGGCGGGCCCGAACCGUCGGACUAUUUGGGCCAUCAACUGCACUCGUCCCCGGAGCGCCACAGCCCCGCGGAGGCCGUGUACGUGCACCCGCCGCCGCCGCCGCAGCAACAGCAGCCGAGUCCCCCGGCAGGACACUUGGCCUGGCACGGCUCGGCACGCGGCCCGACCAUCUCGUACCAACCCGUCGCGCUGAGCGCGCACCCGCAGCAGCACGGUGGUUACUUGUCACCCGUGCAGGGACUCGAACACCAUCACUAUUUCAACUUCCUAGGCCACACGCACCACAACACGUUCAGUUUACAUAGCGCACAACACGCCAUGUAA